UAGCCUCACCUUUUCCCAUGAAAAACAGAGAAAAACUGAUGGGUAAUUAUAGGUUUAGAUUAUCGGAUAUGAUGCCCAAUGCCUGGUUUUAUAAGCUUAAAGACAUGGGUAAACCCAGAAACCAUGGCAAUACAAAACAACACCAGAUUUCAUCACCUUCUUCAUCAAAAACCAAACAGCCCCACCAUUUUUAUCCUAGAAAAUCUUAUUACUUUACUAGAGAACUUGUCCCGACUGAUGGAUUCUAUGUUUCUCGUACAACAGGCGUCAAGUCUGCAGGUUCACAUGCACUUGAUCCACCCAGAAAAUCUUGUCAAAAACGAUCCAGGAAAAGAAACAUCAGGUCUUCUUCUGAUGAAAAGCUUGUUAGCUCCUCCGUUUCCGCCGGUUGUCGCUGCCGUUCAACUCUCUGGACUAAGACUGAUUCUCCGCUGCAAUACUCGGCCUCUUCCUCUUCUGAUCACGGUAGCUCUCCGCCGCAAGAAUUCAGGUCUGACUGUAUUCUUACGACUCGAUCGUUUGAAAAAAUGGUUUCGUUGUCGCACUCUUCUAGCUGCAAAGCCAUGAAUUCUGAAGCCAAGGACAUCGUUGUUGCCGAUGACGAUGACAAGUCUUUUGUCAAGAAAUUCGAAAAGCUAGACGAGUUCGACAACUUCUCCGAAGUUCAACUCCCUCGGAUCAUAACCAAGCCCGUCGAAUUAAACCAAAAGAAAGAACAGAACAUUGAACCAACAAAUCAUCCAAGGACUUCAACAAAAUUUGAAGAAGACAAUGUUCAUGGUUCACACUUGUUAAAAGAAAACAAGAAAACGUCACCGGGGAGAAAAAAUUGUGUGAAUUCUCCAGGUAUAAGGCUGAGAAUAAAUUCUCCGAAAAUCAGAAGCCGAAAAUUCGAGGGUCUUUCUCGGAAAAGCGUAUCGUCAGGUUCGAACUCAAGUAUAAGCUCGAGAAAGAGUCUGUCUGGGAGUUUUGCGGUGGUGAAGCCGUCGUUCGAUCCUCAGAAAGAUUUCAGGGAAUCAAUGGUGGAAAUGAUUAGGGAGAACAACAUAAGGGCAUCAAAGGAUUUGGAAGAUUUGCUUACUUGCUACCUUUCCCUCAAUUCUGAUGAAUAUCAUGCUCUUAUCAUCAAGGUUUUCAAGCAAAUCUGGUUUGAUUUGAAUGAUGCCCGGUUCAAAUAAUUUCCUACUAAACAUAAUAAUUUGACUUGUAUAUUUUGUUCCUUCAAUCUU